AUGGCCGUGCGCCUGGACCCGGCGCGCAACGACCCGUUGGCGCAGCACAAGCUGGCCCCGCCUCCCUCGCCGCCCCUCCCACGCCGCCCCUCCCACGCCGCCCCUCCCUCGCCGCCCCUCCCACGCCGCCCCUCCCUCGCCGCCCCUCCCACGCCGCCCCUCCCUCGCCGCCCCUCCCACGCCGCCCCUCCCACGCCGCCCCUCCCACGCCGCCCCUCCCACGCCGCCCCUCCCACGCCGCCCCUCCCACGCCGCCCCUCCCUUGCCGCUCUCCUGCGGGCACUGCACCUGCCGCUGGAGGUGGCGCUUGGUGGGGAGGCGGGGGGCGGACAGGCGGAAGGGGGGACUGGGAGGGGCGGGGAAGGGGUUGCGGGGCAGGAGGCGGAGAAAGGGGGCGCGCGGAGGGGCGAGGAAAGGGGCACGGGGCAGGCGGAGCUGGACAGCCUCCUGAUGGCUGCGCGCGUGCUGGAGCUGAACCACGACGAGUUCUAUUUCCUCGCUUCCCCUCCCCGUGCCCCUGUCUCCCCCCGCAACGAGCUCCAGUCGCUGCGCCGCAUUCGCCUCGCCCUCCUCCCCCUCCUGCAUCCUCCGCCCUUCUCCGCUGCCUCGCCUGCCCCCGCGCCCCUCCCCUGUGCGCCAGAAAUGGAGGAAAAGGGGUGGGCAGUGGUGGAAGCAAUGAUGGGGGAGGUGUUGCGGCGGCUGAGGGGACUGGGGGAAGAGGCAGGGGGGGAGGCAGCUGGGCAGACAGGGGGGGAGACAGCAGGGGAGCGGGGGAAGGGGGAGAGGUGCGGGGCAGGGGAUGGCAGGGGAGCGGAGAGAGAGGAGGGAGAGAAAGGGGAGAAAGGGGAGGAGGGGGGAGAGGGGCAAAGGGAGGCGGAGAGGCGGCUGAUGGAAUGGGCUGUGACCCAUGGCGCCACGUGCGAGCUGGACGUGCGAGGUGCAAGGGGACAAGAGGGGGCGAGGGGGAGAGGGGGAGGGGGGAGUGGGAGAGGGGGGAAGGGGGAGAGGGGGAGAGGGGAGAGAAAGGGAGGGAGAGAGGCGGGGAGGGGGGAAAAAAGGGAGGGAGAGAGGCUGAGUGGGGACGAGAAAGGGAGGGAGAGAGGGGGGAAAGAUUUUCAGUUCCCGGGCACGGGACGGGGCAUGGGAGCGCGGGGGGCCAUGGAGGCGGGGGAGACAGUGCUCUCUAUUCCCCUCCCACUCAUCAUCUCGCCGCUCACUGCGCUCGCCUCUCCCUUGGGUCAAGCUGUGCGACGUGGAGCAGGAGAGAAGGCGAUAGGCAGAAGCAGCAGAGUGGCAACAGAGCAACGCGAAGAAGCAGAGGGCAGGGUUCAAAGUGGAAACGUGGAGGAAGCGGUGCAAGGACGAGAGGCGGGUGGGGCACAAUGUGGAGCAGAAAGAGGGGUACAAUCUGGCAAGGCGGAGGGCGGAGCUGAAGCUGAUCAGCUGAGGGGCAAAGAGGAGGACACAGACAUGGGAGACAUUGAGGAUGGGCGCACUGUCGUGGAGGAGGAUGGGGUGGAUGUGUGCAGCAUUAGUGAUGAGAGCAUUGCUCUGCUGUGGACCAUUCAGCAACGGCACGACCCCUCGUCCUUCUAUGCGCCUUUCUUCAACACCCUGCCUGCGGUCAUCAACACAGCGUUGACAUGGCCAGAAACAGCAGUGCGUGCAGUGCAGGGAACACUGCUGCAUACACACAUAGAACGCGCCAGGCAGCACAUACACGCAGAGUACCAUUCUCUCUUCCCAGCCCUCUCCCAGCGCUACCCCUCUCUCUUCCCGCCUGCACUUUUCUCCCUCUCCGCCUUCACAGCAGCAGCAGAGCUCUGGUAUGCCUACGCCAUGCGCAUAGCCCUGCCUUCCCCUCCCCCACCACAUGCUGCAGCAGCAGCAGCAUCAUCACCAUCACCAUCAGCACCAUCAGCACCAUCAGCAGCAGCAGGGCCGUUAUUGAGCAUGCAGGGAGCGUGGCAGUUAGGAGGAGGAGGAGCGGAGCAGGCAGGGGAGACAACCGCACUGCCGUGUCUUGUGCCGCUUGCCUCUCUGCUUAACCACUCGCGGCCAGUGCGGGCAGGGCAGCAGUGCCUCCUGUCGUACGGUCCGCUGCCCUCACACGACCUCGCUCUCUUCUACGGCUUCCUGCUGCCCUCCCGCAACCCCUACGACUGCUUCCCGCUCGACCUUGACUUUUCUGCGGAGGAGGAAGAAGCUGAAGAAGCAGAAGAAGAAGCAGAAGUGGCAGAAGUGGCAGAAGCAGAAGCAGAAGAGGGAACAGCAGGAGUGGAAAACACGGAAGAUGGAGGCAAAGGGGAAGCGAUGAGGGAAGAGGGAGUAGUGGAAGGGGAGAGGGAGAGAAUGGACGAAGAUGGAGCAACCAUCAUUCAAAAGACGCACACCGUGGUACCCGAUGCAUGUAGGGAGGACACGCCUGCUGCUGCUGCUCAAGGUGGUGGAGGGGAAGCAGCAGGUCACGACACAGCAGCUGCGGGCGCCACUGCGAAAAAGCCACGGCACAGCGAUGAUGAUGCCAGUGGUGCUGGUAGCGUCGAUAGCCGUGGCCAUGGCUAUGGCUAUGGCUAUGGCUGUACCACCGAUACUGCCACUGAGGCCAAUGAUGCAAGUGCUGCCAACACAACCAGGGCCAGCGACAGAGACACGGACAAGGACAGAGGCAAAGGCGGUGCAGCAGCGGGAGGGAAGGGAGAGCAGCCGGUGCUGGCGCUGUCACAGCACCUGCUGUGCGCGUGUGACCUCACACUGACGCCCGCUGGCACUGUGGUGGAGAGGGGCGACGGGGAGAGUGCAGAGGAGGAGAUGGUUGAGAAUGAAGGGGAGGAUAGGGAGGAUAGGGAGGGGACAGGGGGGGGUGGGAGUGAGGAUGUGUGGGGAGCGCUGCCUUGGCGGCUGUGUGUGGCACUGUGUGGGGCUGUGGGAGGGAGCAUGGAGGAGCGGAGGAUGUGGAAGGCUGAUGCUCUCCGGCCACCCCAGGCAGAUAUCCCCCCUGCAGUGCGCUCUGCUGCUCUCUCCACUCUACUCGACCUCGUGGGCACGCUGCUGGCACAGGAGCAAGAGCAGGAGGACGACGAGGAAAAGCAGGAGGAAAGGCAAGCGGGAGGGCCGGGAGAGGAGCAAAGGCAGAGGGGUGUGGGAGAGGCCUCGGGUGUUGCCGACGAGGCGGCGUGUGUGGCUGUGGCUCAGCAAUACCGUAGGGAGCAAGAGCAGCUGCUGCUGUCCAUUAGAAACGAGUGUGUUAGGCUGCUCAUGCUGCUGUGA